CACAUGGUGCAGGAUAUUUCCACCCCUACACUCCAAAAACCCAAUCAGACAAGUGGUCGUAAUCUGACUCCCACUGCGCUGGGAGCUGCGGGCCAGGCAAUGAGAGCUGCACUCUGGCUGGGGAAGGCAUGAGUGAUAGACCCGACGCAGCAAGGCGGUGGGGUAAGUGCGGACCUUUGUGUAGAAGAGAGAACAUCAUGGUGGCUUUCAAAGGGGUCUGGACUCAAGCUUUCUGGAAAGCAGUCACCGCGGAAUUUCUGGCCAUGCUUAUUUUUGUCCUCCUCAGCCUGGGAUCCACCAUCAACUGGGGUGGAACGGAAAAGCCCUUACCUGUCGACAUGGUUCUCAUCUCCCUUUGCUUUGGACUCAGCAUCGCAACCAUGGUGCAGUGCUUCGGCCACAUCAGCGGCGGCCACAUCAACCCUGCCGUGACCGUGGCCAUGGUGUGCACCAGGAAGAUCAGCAUCGCCAAGUCUGUCUUCUACAUCGCAGCCCAGUGCCUGGGGGCCAUCAUUGGAGCAGGAAUUCUCUACCUGGUCACACCUCCCAGUGUGGUGGGAGGCUUGGGAGUCACCACGGUUCAUGGAAAUCUUACCGCUGGUCACGGUCUCCUGGUGGAGUUGAUAAUCACAUUUCAGCUAGUGUUUACUAUUUUUGCCAGCUGUGAUUCCAAACGGACUGAUGUCACUGGUUCAAUAGCUUUAGCAAUUGGAUUUUCUGUUGCAAUUGGACAUUUAUUUGCAAUCAAUUAUACUGGUGCCAGCAUGAAUCCCGCCCGAUCCUUUGGACCUGCAGUUAUCAUGGGAAAUUGGGAAAACCACUGGAUAUAUUGGGUUGGACCAAUCAUAGGAGCUGUCCUCGCUGGUGGCCUCUACGAGUAUGUCUUCUGUCCAGAUGUGGAACUCAAACGUCGUUUCAAAGAAGCCUUCGGCAAAGCUUCCCAGCAAACAAAAGGGAGCUACAUGGAGGUGGAGGACAACAGGAGCCAGGUAGAGACGGAAGACUUGAUUCUAAAACCUGGAGUGGUGCAUGUAAUUGACAUUGACCGGGCAGAGGAGAAGAAGGGGAAAGACCCGUCGGGAGAGGUGUUGUCUUCGGUAUGACUAGAAGACAGCACUGAAAGCAGACGAGACCCCUUAGAACUGUCCUCAGAUUUCCUUCCACCCAUUAAGGAAACAGAUUUAUUAUAAAUUAGACAUGUGCAGGUUUGUUAUUUCAUGUCGUAUUACUCAGUCUAAACAGUAACUAUUUCGUUAUUUACCAAGGAGGAAAGGAAAAAGCCUAUUGUGAAUUUCAAAU